AUGCAGUUCAAGAACCUUGCUCUCGCCGCCUCCGUCGUUGCUACCGCCGCCGCUGCCCCGGCUGCUGACAGCUGCUCUGCCCCGGCUUCGACCCCGUCUUCUACCCCUGCCGCUGGUGCCCCUCAAUACUUCGGCGUCAUCGCCAUUCAUUCCGGCAGCGGUGUCCAGAACGCUGGCUUCAGCGCCGCCCAGGGUAGCCUCAUCGCUGGCCUCCAGAACAAGGGAUCCAGCUGCCAGGAGACCAGCUUCUACAUCAACGACGGUGUUCUCAACAUCUACGACGACACCGCUCGUCCCCAGGAGGUCUACGUUGACCGCUCCGGCAUGGGCCAGGGCAAGAUUGGCUACACCGUUGGUGUCGAGCCUGCUCCCAGGAACGCCGAGCGCAAGGGCUGGGCCGUCAAGGAUGGCCACCUCCAGUUCGGUGGAUCCAGCCUCAUUGCCUGCCCCGCUACCGACGGCUACAGCAUCUGGGCCAACGCUGGUGUCGCCAACCCCGCUGGCAACAAGGAUUGCGUUGGCAUUGCUGCUCGCAUUAUGGAGACUAAGACCCCCAAGCCCUGCUGGGCCAACUAA